AUGUGGUCUGAUGCUGACGACGACUUGUUCGACGACUUCACUGACAGCGGCCCUGCCGCUGGAGGUGAUGCCCCACAGGACUGUGCUGAUGCUGGAUCACAAAGAAGUUUUGGUGUAAAAAUCACGCAGAUAAACGAACUUCCGUCUGAUACUCAGCCUAGAAACAGAGUUGUUGUCAACUAUGACAAUGACAAUGGCGAACCAGUGGAGCCAUCUAAUGAAUUCGAAAAGAUGUUACUUCGGGAAGGAAUUGAGGUGCGAAGGGACGAAAACUACCAAAAGUACAUGUACAUAGGUGAUAUUACUAGCGAUGUGCUAGCUACAAAAUUGGAAUCCCACAUGAAUGUCCGAAGGUAUUUGGACGACUUGUUGGACGCGUUUGAGGAUGCCUUGAAGCAACAGGAGAAUCUAAUAACUUACCUGGAACCAUCACACUCUUCCUGCGGAAUCCAGGAGUCAAUUUUCCGAGUUCUUAUACUUUGUCGCUCAUCACAGGGCAAAGCAUUCGAUUUGUUGAUGUCUCAACUGCAGAGUCUGCAAAAGGGCAACCAAAAAGAAACACUGAAUCUGUCGCACCUGUGCAUUGCUCAGAUGCGCUUCAUCAAUCGUAUUUACUGCAGUCGUACUCUCUUCUGUUCGAUAUUUGAAAGAGAUAUUGAGAAGUGGUCUCCGGAGAUUCGAAACUCAUUAAUCUCGUCAAUUCCCGAGGUCCUCACUGAUGUCAGUGUACAGAAAGAAGCGGUUCGUGAGCUGCAGUCGCUUCUGCUUCGCGAUAUAAAAGCAGAUCCGAUCGGUUGCAAACUAGCAGUGAUAUCUGCGCUUUCUCUCUUGAAUUCGGAUGCUGAAUCGACACUGAAGGUAGACAGCUAUUAG